AUGGUGAAGGCCAUUCGUGCAGAAAUUGAGGAAAGCGACUCAGGCUCGAGUUCGGACGAUGGAGAAGAAGAAGAUUUUCGCCAAAAGCUUUGUGUGACGACUAUCACUGAUCAGGCUGCAGACCCAGGGGGUCAACGAGACAGAUCGCGAAAGACAGACCGAGAUGAUGAUCGCGAUCGGGGCGGGGUUGCGAAAGCCUGUACACACUGCGGCUCGAAAAGACAUGACGAUCGCGGAUGCUGGAAAAGAUUGACCUGUCAGAAGUGUGGCCGAAGAGGGCACCCCUCGGAAAAAUGUCUACAUGUGUGUUCCGCUUGUGGGGAAGUUCACCAGAGCGGCCAACGUCCCAUGGAAGAGUUCUACAACCUGAUCCGCAAGUGGUACGUCCAAAUCAAGCACGCAGGACUACUACCGACAAAGGCAGAAGAGGUGUUAAACUAG